UAUUUUACUGUAGUACCCGGAAGUUCUCAGGGUGACAUUUCUCAUAACAACAUGCACCGGCGUGAUAGCUAACAUGUGUUGCUAAUGUUACAUUUAAAUUGGAAACGCAGAUUUAAUCGUAUCCAUACAUAGAAUAUUAAAGGUUCCUAAAUUAGGAUGGCAGCUUGGGGCUGCAGGUUUCUGAGGCUGGGAGAUCCGCUUUUAAGAGGAACACGUUUUAUUGUCAGCCGAUCAGCGCCAACAGGGGAAAGCAGUGUGCUUGGUGUCCAAUUUGUGCGGACAAUCAAAAGCACGACAUGGUGGGACGAACACCUCUCAGAGGAGAAUUCCAGCUUUCUGAGAAAAGUGAUUCCAGAGGAGUACAGCAGCCAAACCGACAGCAUGCUCAACCCCCUUAAAGAUGAGCCCUGGCCGAGGCACAAGUGGGAGGAAGGGAGUCGGAGAGUUGGUCUGGUGGCUUUGAAGAUGGGCAUGAUGCCCAUCUGGACCAAAACUGGAGAUAAACGCGUGGUCACCAUGCUCCAGGUGCUGGACUGCCAUGUCAUUAAGCACUUGUCCAAAGAAGACUUUGAUGGGCACACUGCAGCUCUCAUCGUGGGCGGCAAAAACGUGUCUCCGUUCUAUAGGUCGGAGGAGCACAUGGAGAUGUUCCGGAACGCCGGGGUCCCUCCAAAGCAGAAGCUGACGACGUUCAAGGUGUCCGAUAAUGCCAUCAUAAAACCAGGCACUCCGCUCUACGCAGCCCACUUCCGUCCGGGCCACUACAUUGAUGUCACAGCCAAAACAAUCGGGAAGGGCUUUCAGGGCGUCAUGAAGAGGUACGGGUUCAAAGGUCAGCCGGCGUCCCACGGGCAGACCAAGACCCACAGGAGGCCGGGGGCUUCCGGCCCCGGAGGGGACCCAGCCAAAGUGUGGAAGGGGAAGAAGAUGCCGGGUCGGAUGGGGAAUGUUUACGACACCGCCUUCGGGCUGAAGGUUUGGAGAAUCAACACCAAACACAACGUCAUUUACGUGAACGGAUCGGUUCCCGGGCACAGGAACUGCUUAGUCAAGGUGAGAGACACCAUCGUGCCCACGCGUUUGGGGGCCGCACAGAACCCCCCGUUCCCCACCUUCUUCGCUGACGGGGACGAAGAGCUCCCAGAGGACCUCUACGAUGAGGACGUGUUCCAGUUUGGGGAGCCCUCGGUCUCCUUGGCCUGAAAACUCGGCUGGCGUCUGGGAAAUGCGGACCAUGUGACAUCCAUGUGUCCUCUACUUGUCUUUGGGCUCUCGUCGCUAUGGUGACCUACUUUCUUUAAUACAAAGGCAGGGCAGCGAGCACAGGGCCAGAGAAGACGCGGAGUACAGGAUUUCUAAAGAAGAACGGCUCCCUGCUCUUUGCAGUUACUGAAAAACAAUUCUGGCCUCAUCUGGCAGUUAUUCACAAAACAGUUGGCCCACCCUGUGUAUUUAUGUUUAAAACAGAAUAGCCGUUAAAGUUGACAUAUUUUGUCUUCUAGGCUGAUAGUACAUCAGAGUAAUAAUAUGGUUCUGAGGCCUGUAGGUGUUGAUGAAGCCCAAUUCACUCAGCUCCUGAAACCUGUCAUGUUUAUAAAAAAUAUAUAAAAUAAAAUAAAAUCAAUAAAAUAACAUGAAAUAAAUAA